CUGCUCGGCUUCCUCCGCCUUCCCUGCAGCAACCAUGGCGAAAGGCAGAGUCUCAGAACGAUCGCAGGCGGGGGCACUCCAUACGACCCCAGUGGGGGACGGGGCGGCGGGGACGCGGGGUCCCGCGACGCCGAGCAACGGAGACCACCUGAAGGAAAAAGCCUGGGCAGAAGCUGGAUCAGCAAGAAUGUCACUCCUUAUUUUGGUGUCUAUUUUCUUAUCUGCAGCUUUUGUUAUGUUUUUGGUAUAUAAAAAUUUUCCUCAGCUUAGUGAAGAAGAAAGAGUGAAUAUGAAGGUUCCCAGAGAUAUGGAUGAUGCCAAGGCUCUAGGAAAAGUUUUAUCCAAAUAUAAGGACACCUUUUAUGUACAAGUACUUGUAGCUUAUUUUGCUACAUAUAUUUUCUUGCAAACAUUUGCUAUUCCAGGCUCAAUAUUUCUCAGUAUACUCUCAGGGUUCCUUUACCCCUUUCCUCUAGCCUUAUUUCUUGUUUGUUUGUGUUCUGGCCUUGGUGCCUCAUUCUGCUAUAUGCUGUCCUAUUUGGUUGGGAGACCAGUGGUAUACAAAUACCUAACAGAGAAAGCAGUGAAAUGGUCACAACAGGUUGAACGUCAUAGAGAACAUCUCAUUAACUACAUUAUAUUUUUGAGAAUAACACCAUUUCUGCCCAAUUGGUUUAUUAAUAUCACAUCUCCUGUAAUAAACGUUCCAUUGAAAGUGUUUUUUAUCGGCACUUUUCUAGGUGUUGCACCUCCUUCUUUUGUAGCGAUUAAGGCAGGAACUACACUGUACCAGCUUACAACAGCAGGGGAAGCUGUUUCAUGGAACUCAGUAUUUAUUCUGAUGAUUUUGGCUGUUCUUUCUAUUCUGCCAGCCAUCUUCCAAAAGAAACUAAAGCAGAAAUUUGAGUAAAAAAAAAAAAAAAGCAUCUGACUUUCAGUUUUUCUAUCAACAUCAUCAUCCUCAUCUCAGGAUUAGCAGGUGCAUCCAUUUAUGUUUUAAAAUCACCUCUUCAGUAAUUAAAAAGGAAUUUGUAAAAUAAAAUUUUCUAUCAGACAGCUAAAAUAAUGCACUUAAGUGGCAAGGGGAAAAGAAAGUAAAAAUGGAGAUUAGUACACUAUGAUAAAGUGCUGUCCAGUUAUGGUAGCCAUCUUUUUUUACCAAAUGUAGCCAGAGAAUUAAUAGUGGCACGGUAGGAAAUUCUUGAUUCAGCUCAUUUAUGCAAUUUAAUUUCAUAUUUUUCUCCCUUAUUUUUAAAUCAAUAACCAAAAUAUUUUUAAAAUUCCAGAUUUUUAAAAAUAGGUUUAUAGUUCUUGCUAGUUUAUGCUUUUUUUAGAGCAUAAACUAGAAAACUAAACCUAAGAGAUUUAUAUUUUCUUCCUCUUUGUUUUUGAGGUAAUGGAUAUGCUUAUAGGUUGCAUCUUAUUAGACCACUGAAUAUAGAAAGGAUACCAACUUAUCUAUUUUGUGGAUUUUAUUUAUUUAUUUUUUUUCUGUUCUAGAUUUCUAUCAGGGAUGAGUCUAAAAAUUAAGAUUCUGGCCAGUCUCUUCAUUUUUUUUUUUUCUAACUUUUAACAAUUCCACUGUGCAUAUACAAAAGAGGGGAUGAUUACAUGAUAACUGUAUCAUAGUUGAUGUUGCUAAUUUAUAUUUAGAUAAUAUUUUGUUACAGUGCUUCUUUAAUAUCUCAAAAAGGUACCUAAAAAAAAGAACAUCCAAAAUAUGCAAGUUUAGAGAAUAGGUUAAUGAUUUUAUAUUUUGAGCUAGAGUGGCAGCACAACCCUUAAGUACUUAAGUAUAGUUUAUUUGUUUUAAUGACUAAAGUUUACAUAAUUUAUUUAUUAGUCUGGUCAUUAAGGAGUGUAUGUAAUUAUCCUUUUUAUGCAUGAUACAAUAAGAAUGCCUUGUUUCAUUUCUGUUGAUGACUUUUUUGUUUGAUUAAUGCAGUUUCCAGUUUAGUGGGGUUUUUUCCUAACUCACAAAGGAAAAUUAACUUCCACUUGGUAACUGCUAUAUUUAAAUAGUUCUAGAAAAACUAAACUGCAUUUUGCUGCUUGGUUAAUGGUAAUGUCCUUGAUUCUUUGAUUCUAGGACAUGGCCGGUCUAAAUUACUCUUUCCAUUUUUACCUCUACUCACCUUGUAAAGUAUUUUAGCUGUGUGAUAAAUCCUUGUAUAUUUUAAUUGUGAGAGGUAUGAUCAUCCUCAAAAUCUAUUCCUACUACAUGAUGUGGACUGAUUCAUUAUUUUUUCUAUCACAGUAUUAACAAAUGGAUUUAUUGUAAAUACAAAGAAAAUAUAUUGAUUAAUAUAGUAUUCUUAUGUCACCUGGCCUUUUGUGUGACUUAUUUAUUGUUAUUUCUAGCCAGGGUUUUCUUCCUUUCUUAUUGACCAGAGACUAAGUGAUAAAACUUUUGUUAUUUUUACAAAUGAACUUAGAACAUAGCCUUUUUCAACAAAAUUCAUUAAAAUACCACUGUAUAUAAAAUGUAAGUGAGUCCAUUUUUAUCAGACUUU